CCUGAGUUAAGAAGCAUGGGAGGCUGGCGGGGUGUCGGAGCGCACACUGGCAUGGCUUACAUUGCUGUUGAUAGUUAAUAACCCAGGACGUUAAAGAACUGAACGGAGAGGGGAAAUGAACCACAACAAACUUUGGAGUCUGUCCUAGGCAAGAGGCUGUGAAGCACAGAGGAGAACACGCAUCCGACCCGCUCGUGAAGCAGUUACCUGGCUGAGCAGUGCUGGAAUGGCGGCUUCCUCUACCUGAUCAUGCUGCGCCGCUUCAAGCACAAGGUCCAUUCUCCUUACAAUGGCAACAGCGGCAACAGCUCGGAGCCAGGAGAGACACCGACCUUGGAGCUGGAUGACCGAACCGUGAAAAAGGGGAAGAGAACAAGAAAGUUUGGAGUCAUUUCCAGGCCUUCUACCCACAAGGCCACUGAAGAAUCCAAGAGCGGCACUGGGUGUGAGCUGGACAAUGGCCCCGUCUCUGAGCUGGACAAUGGCCCAGACCCAGAACUUGGAAAUGGCCAUGCCUUUGAGCUAGAAAAUGGCCCAGACUCUCUGAAGGAAGUGGCUGCAUCCCAUCUAGACGGGUCAGACGUGGACAGAGGGGCAGAGCCUAGAGUUCCAAAGACAGAGACUCCUCUGCCCACAAGCAAUGAUAAAUGCCACUUCUCAAAAUCGGGGAAGACGGACUUCCAAUCAAGCGACUGCCUGGCGAAGGAGGAAGUUGGCCGGAUAUGGAAGCUGGAACUGCUUAAAGAAUCAGAUGGGCUGGGAAUUCAGGUUAGUGGAGGCCGAGGAUCAAAGCGCUCACCUCACGCUAUCGUUGUCACUCAAGUGAAGGAAGGAGGUGCCGCUCACAGGGAUGGCAGACUGUCCUUAGGAGAUGAGCUGCUGGUCAUCAAUGGUCACUUACUGGUCGGGCUGUCCCACGAGGAAGCUGUGGCCAUCCUUCGCUCAGCCACUGGAAUGGUUCAGCUGGUUGUGGCCAGCAAGGAAACCUCUGCAGAGGACCUCCUGAGGUUAACGUCUAAGAGUUUGCCUGAUCUGACUAGCUCGGUAGAGGACGUAUCCUCUUGGACUGACAACGAAGACCAGGAGCCAGACGGGGAAGAGGACGAAGGAACUGGCCCGUCCUCCAUCCAGGGAGCUGUCCCUGGGGCAGGUGAUUCGUGUGGCUCUGAGGAUUCCAAGGGAAACCUGGAAAGUCCCAAGCAGGGCAACAGUAAAAUGAAGCUCAAAAGUCGUCUUUCGGGGGGUGUACACCGUCUGGAGUCUGUUGAAGAAUAUAAUGAGCUGAUGGUGCGAAACGGGGACCCCCGGGCCAGGAUGUUGGAGGUGUCCCGAGAUGGCCGGAAGCACUCUCUACCCCAACUACUGGAGUCUUCGGGAUCACAGGAAUACCACAUCGUGAAGAAGUCCACCCGCUCCCUGAGCACCACGCAGGUGGAGUCUCCGUGGAGGCUCAUCCGGCCGUCGGUCAUCUCCAUCAUCGGGCUGUACAAAGAAAAGGGCAAGGGCCUUGGCUUUAGCAUUGCCGGAGGUCGAGACUGCAUUCGAGGACAGAUGGGGAUUUUUGUCAAGACCAUUUUCCCAAAUGGAUCAGCUGCCGAGGAUGGAAGACUUAAGGAAGGGGAUGAAAUCCUAGAUGUAAAUGGAAUACCAAUAAAGGGCUUGACGUUUCAAGAAGCCAUUCAUACCUUUAAGCAAAUCCGGAGUGGACUGUUUGUGUUAACCGUACGCACAAAGUUACUGAGUCCAAGCCUCACGCCCUGCUCCACCCCCACACACAUGAGUAGAUCCAGCUCCCCAAACUUCAACUCCAGUGGGGGAACCUCGGCGGUAGGCUCUGAUGAAAGCAACUCUUCCUCCCUGGGUCGGAAGGCCCAUGGGCCCAAGGACAGAAUUGUCAUGGAAGUAACACUCAACAAAGAGCCCAGAGUUGGAUUGGGCAUUGGCGCCUGCUGCCUGGCCCUGGAGAACAGCCCUCCGGGCAUCUACAUUCACAGCCUUGCCCCGGGAUCCGUGGCCAAGAUGGAGAGCAAUCUGAGCCGCGGAGAUCAGAUCCUGGAAGUGAACUCGGUCAACGUCCGCCAUGCUGCUUUAAGCAAAGUCCACUCCAUCUUGAGCAAAUGUCCCCCGGGACCCGUGCGCCUUGUCAUCGGCCGGCACCCUAAUCCAAAGGUUUCCGAGCAGGAAAUGGAUGAAGUGAUAGCACGCAGCACUUACCAGGAGAGCAAAGAGGCCAGUUCCUCUCCUGGCUUAGGUACCCCCUUGAAGAGUCCCUCUCUCGCAAAAAAGGACUCCCUGCUCUCUGAAGCCGACCUCUCCCAGUACUUUGCCCCGGACGUCCCAGGCCCCUUGGCAGACUUCGUGGUGGCGGGCUCGGAGGACGAGGAGCACGCGGGGAGCGGCUGCAGUGCCUCCACUCCCAAGGAACCAGGAAAAGCCAGGGCCAACAGCCUUGUGUGUCUAGGAAGCCAGCGGGGCUCCGGGCUCUUCCACAAGCAGGUGACAGUCGCCAGACAGGCCAGUCUGCCCGGGAGCCCGCAGGUCCUCCGAAACCCUCUCCGCCGCCAGAGGAAGGUGGGCUGCUACGACGCCGAGGACGCCAGCGAUGAGGAGGAGUUCGAGGGCGAAGGGGACUGCAUCUCCCUCCCGGGGAGCCUCCCAGGUGCCGGCAGGCCUCUGACAGAGGACGACUCUAGGCACGGCUUGACCUCUUCCAAGGUCAUGGGUGUCCACAACCGAGAGGACCAUCCCCAGAAAACACUGGUCAGCAAGGCCUCCUCGGUGCCUCUCCUCGGCAGCUCCCUGAGCUUGGAGAGUGUCCCAGGCGACUUGGGGGACACUCCUCCCCAUGCAGCUAACCCGCUGUCUUCUGCAGAGGCCCCCAAAGGUGGCUCUGGCUGCUUGGGGAGGAAGGAACUGUCGGGGUCCAGGAGUUCACCCAAAUUGGAAUACAGAGCUGAUACCCAGAGUCUGGUGAGUGCGGACAGCGCCAGUGCCCCCCAGCAGAGGAGUGAAAGCCUGGGGUGCAGGCACAGGCCAGUGGCCAGGGUCAGCCCACACUGCAAGGGGCUGGAGGCCAAGGCCAGGCCCCCCGCGUCCGAGACAGUAAACCUGGCCGCCGGAGGUAAUGACCCCAAGGGUCUGGAAUCUAAGGUCCCGGCCGCUUCCGUCCACGAGACCAUGACUGGCGUCCGACCAGGUGGAGCUGUGGACAAGGAUUCUCUGGGGAAGCUGACCAUCGGGCAUGGGCCCCACCCAGGAGCUGGCCGCCUCCCAGAGAGCCUGCCCGAAGCUGGACCAGACCAGGAGCAACACCCUGGGACGGGACUGGAUGGCUCCCCAGACCUCGCCCCUUCCCCAGGGCAGAAGGAGGCCGCUCACUCAGAUCCCAGCAAGACCUCCAUAGACACAGGACAUGGGAGGCGGCGUGAGGACCCCAGAGAGCCAGUGCCGCCCAGGGCCCCCAAGUCUGAGGACAAAAUUAAUCCUGACAAACAUUUUACUGUGAACAAAAACUCUCUGAGCAACUACUCUAGAAAUUUCAGCAGUUUUCACGAGGACAGUGCGUCCCUAUCAGGCCCUGGUGACAGCACGGAGCUGUCUCUCUCCUCCAUGUACGGGGACGCCGAGGACUCGUCCUCUGACCCCGAGUCGCUCCCCGACGCCCCACGAGCUUGCACCAGGGACACCCGGUCACCUACUCGUUCUCGUGGGUCUUCUCACAGGGAAGACACUACGGAAUCGGAGGAGGAGCAGAUUGAAAUCUAUUCCACAGGGGGUUUCCCCACCCCAACCUCGAUGGCGGGGCCCGUGCCUGCCCAGGAGGCACCCUGCCCCGUGCCAGCCGGAGGCCUGCCCAGGAGGCACGGCGCUCUGGGUGAGGCCGUGGGAAGAAGCGCUCAGGGGCGUGAACCUCCCGUGGGCCCACAGAUUCCACAGCACUGGGGGGCCCCGGGGGAAGCAGCAGCAGGGGGAGCCCCCAGCACCGGCUCAGCCGUGGAAAGCCUCCAGCCCUCCGCAGCCGCCGGGCACCUGCACAGCGCCCCGGUCGCCCUCAGCUCUCCUAGCAUGGUGAAUGGUUUGGGACACGGCCUGUUGGAUGGUGAAACCACAAAUGAAAAACCAGAAACAAGUGUGAACGCAACUGAAAGUGCGGGUGCCCCCGAGAGCGAGGAAUGUGCCCUGGCAAACCUGCUCCGCUCCGAAAGCCAAGACCUGGAGGACGCGCUGCAGAAACCAAAGCUGGUCUCCAGGAGGCCCAUCAUGGCCUGGUUUAAAGAGAUCAAUAAAAGCAGCCACGGUGCUCACUUGCAGAGCAGGACUGACAAGGGGCAGCCCGCCAUGCCGGCCACCAGUCCUGACUCCAAAAGUCAGGUGUUGAGCACAAGCCACAGAAAGGGGGUCGCUGUGCUGAACAGCCCCCCUCAGCUGAAACUGAAUCUUGAAAAUAAAGACCCACCUAAAAAAAGCUCAGCGGAGACCCUUUUGAGUAACUGCCAGAAACCCAAGUCCGGUCCUAAGCUGAAGAGGCUGAGCAGCAAGAGCAAAAGCAAAGGCAGCGCCGAGGCCCCUGCAGCGACCACGCCUAAGGCCGGUGGGACGGACCCCAGGAGGUCCCUGGUCUCCCCCCAGGCCUCCCACAAAACGCUCUCUAAGGCAACGUCACACCGGUCCCACGGAGCUGACCACGAGGAGCCCGGCAAAAACGCCGCCGCCACCGCCAGGUCUCCCCAGUGUGCGCUGGAGAGCAAGCCCCCCCCUGCGGCCUCGGGGUCACUGAGGCUGUCAGCCUCUGACACGAGCAUCAGACCACCCGUUUCGCCCCUCACCUCCCCCAAGGCUCUUCCUGAGCAAGGUGCGGGCAACAGGUUCCACACGUCUGUGCACUCCGGACCCGACAGAGGCAGCCCGGCCGCCCCCAGACCUAAGUGUGGACCAGAGAGCAAGGCGGCCUCGGGGACAGGUCCCGCCUUGAGGAGCAGCGCGUCCACAGCAGUGGGCCGGCGGGAACCCCCGCCUCCCCGGCAGGGCCAGCAGCUCGCGGCCUGCCUAACGUAUUCGGUACCAGAAGCAGCCCAACCUGGGGUGACCGGUGACAAAGGAAGCAAAACAAUUGCUAAUGAUCCCCCAGAAAGAACCAACCAGCUGAAAAUAGUUGAAAUUUCUUCUGAAAGAAUGCCAAAGAACGCAUGUGGAGUAGACAUGCCAGCCGAAAGGGGCAGACCGGGAGGGUUCGUGACCCAGAGCAACGGUCAGAAGAGUGAACGUGGACUCUGCCACCAGCCAGUGGAAUCGUCCCCAAACCAUGCACCUGCACUCGCGUCCCGCGCCUCCCCCGUGGAGCCGGAAAUGCAGUGCUCGUUCAGCGUGGCAAAGCUGGCCGCCUCCUCCCCGGGGAAGUCGAGCCAGGUGCCAGACUCCACGGAGAUGCCCAAGAACAGCACAGCAGCGGCCACAGCGCUGGAUGAGCCUCCCUAUUUCACGCCAAGGCCGGCAACCAGGACCUACUCCAUGCCAGCCCAGUUCUCGAGCCAUUUUGGACGGGAAGGGCCUUCCCUGCACAGCCCAGGGCGCUCCCACCGGGACAGCCAGAUCCCUGGGACAAGCGGCCCGGAGGCCAAGGGGUGCAGAGGCGGAGCUCUCGGCCUGGCUAACGGACCAGGCGUCUACAGUGUGAAGCCCCUGCUGGAGACGUCGAGGGCCCUCCCAACCACCGACGAAGGGGACGUCCUUUCAGUGCAGGACACGAGCUGCCUCGUCACCGACAAAAUCCGAGUCACCAGAAGACACUACUACUUGGAGCAGCACUGGCCCCAUGAAUCUACCUCAUUCUUCUCGGUGAAGCAGAGGAUCAAGUCCUUUGAGAACCUGGCCAAUUCGGACCGGUCCCUGGCCAAGUCUGGGGCUUCCGCGUUUUUGUCUGUGAGCUCCAAGCCUCCCAUUGGGAGACGGUCCUCUGGCAGCGUAGUUUCAGGGAGCCUCAGCCACCCCAGUGACCUGGCAGCGAGGUCACUGCGACGCAGCCUGAGUUCCUGCAGCGAAAGCCAGGGCGAAGCCAGCACCCUCAUCCCCCAGAUGACCAAGUCCCCGUCCAGCGUGACGCUGACAGUCCCCCGGCAUCACCCGGUGGAGGCCAGGAACAAGGGCCCUGAUUCCGACCCGAAGCAAUCGCUUGGUCCUUCCGGAAUCCCCACCCCAAUAGUGACCCCGGCCUCUCCCAUCAAGAAGAACAAGUCCUCGGUGCGCCACACCCAGCCCUCGCCUGUAUCCCGCUCCAAGCUCCAGGAGCUGAGGGCCUUGAGCAUGCCCGACCUCGACAAGCUCUGCAGCGAGGACUUCCCCGCAGGGCCCACGGCUGUGCUCUUCAAGACAGAGCUGGAGAUCGUGCCCAGGAGGUCCCCCGGCUCCCCGGCCGGAGGCCUCAAUGGGGCCACUGCCCUUCUGUGUCCUGUGCAGGGGGCGGACAGGGCCUGUCCGGGGGGAAGCAGGCCUAAAGCCAGUGAGCCUGGGGCACCCAGUUCAGCCAAUGUGAGUGACACCAAUCGGGAUCUGCCCUCUGGAAAAAGCUGGUCAGUUAAUUUGGAUCAACUUCUAGUCUCAGUGGGGGACCAGCAAAGAUUACAGUCUGUUUUGUCAUCGGCGAGGUCGAAAUCUACCAUCCUGACUCUCAUGCAGGAAGCGAAAGCACAAUCAGAGAAUAAAGAAGAUGUCUGCUUCAUAGUCUUGACUAAAAAAGAAGGCUCGGGUCUGGGGUUCAGUGUGGCAGGAGGGACAGAUGUGGAGUCAAAUGCGAUUGUGGUCCAUAGGGUAUUUUCUCAGGGGGCAGCUUCUCAGGAAGGGACUAUGAACCGAGGGGAUUUCCUCCUGUCAGUCAAUGGUGCCUCACUGGCUGGCUUGGCCCAUGGGGAUGUCCUGAAGGUUCUGCACCAGGCACAGCUGCACAAAGAUGUCCUCGUGGUCAUCAAGAAAGGAAAUGACCAGCCCAGGCCCUCCACCCGGCAGGAGCCACACACAGCCAAUGGGAAGAGCUUGCUGUCCAGAGACACCAUCUCCCUGGAGCCUGGAAUGGGAAUGGGGAGAAGAGGAGCUGCACAGGAUGCUCUGUGCGUUGAAGUAUUGAAGACCUCGGCUGGGCUGGGAUUGAGCCUGGAUGGAGGAAAAUCGUCCAUGUCUGGGGAUGGGCCCCUGUUCAUUAAGAGAGUGUACAAAGGUGGUGCAGCUGAACAGGCUGGAACAAUAGAAGCUGGGGAUGAAAUCCUUGCCAUUAACGGGAAACCCCUGGUUGGGCUCAUGCACUUCGAUGCCUGGAAUAUUAUGAAGUCUGUCCCAGAGGGACCUGUGCAGUUAGUAAUUAGAAAGCAUAGGAAUUCUUCCUGAAAUAAGCAUGAGUAGUGACACUCACAUUUUUUAUAAGAAUCUCCUUUUCUCUGUUCCCUUCGUAUUUCAGCAAGUCAGAAGGACGUCUUGAAACGGCAGAAAAACACUGGUGUAGGCAAGGACUAUAAAAAUCUCCACAUUUUUACUAACAGAUGAUGCUCGACUCUGGAAGCCUUCCCUGGAUCACCUAGGCCAGGAGGGUUCGUUUUGUUCUGGUACCUGUCCCCCACCUUUCGCUGUUACUCACGGGGAUAUAAGACUUGGCAGGGUGCCUUCUUUCAUUUCAAACAUUGAGUUAGACCUUCACUUCUUUUGGCCACCUCUUCCCAACAUCCCAAUCCGGGCAAUUGGGGAGCCUACACAGGCUGAGGGGCAACACAAAUGUCAUGACUAAACGGACUCUAGUUUUUUAUAAUUUUGUAAGUAAAUACCAAUGCUUUAAGCACAUUCAAUGGACAGAACUGUAGGUCUGUAUGUUACCCUGAAAAGAAAAUGAGACUUUAAAAUAUAAUAAUAAUCAAUUUAUGACCUAAUGGUUAGGCUGAGCUCAGGAAUUAUCCAAAAAUGAAAAAACAAAAUACAGAAAGUGGUAUAUUUUAGUGAGUGUAAAGUGCAAUAUAUGGCUGCAGAGUUCAACUCAGUGGGUUACUGAUCACAGUGAAGUGUUGGUCAUGGUCUAAAAGUGUCAAUCAUAAGGCUGUUUUACAGAAAUGCAGUUCUGAUAAACUGUACUAAAUAGCAUGAACUUGCUGCUUAAAAUGAGCAGAAAGUUCCAGCUUGGAAAGCACCUUGUAUCUAGUUUGGAACUUGUCUUGAGGAAGUGCUUGAAUUCCAGACUGGUCAACACAAAAGCAGGCAAAAAUAUCAGUCACUGGGUUUCCAUUUCUAUAUUUUAUGUACUCUAACAGUAAUUUAAAUUUUUAGAAAUCAAAUAUCUUUUUAGUAUCCUUUGAUUUAUAAACAUAGGCAUUAUAUUUACCAUCCAAAUAAGAGGAUCUUAAAAUAAUCCACUUAGGGGACUGUUUGUUGUGUCUCCACCACCCCCCGCCCCCCAACAAGCUUACAAAAUGUACCGUUUCUAAGCAUUGGAUCACUUUACCUGACUUGGGUAUUAUGACAUAUCUCUGCAGUGACUGAAAUUUUUGCUGUUUUUGUUUCUGUUUUGCAAAUUAUUCCUUUUGCCAAAACUGUUUCCCUGCAGAAGACCAUUGUAACUCAUGCUGCUUGUGAAACUUGUCCCAGCUGCUCUCCUUUCGAAGCAUGAAUUUUGUAGGUGCUGUUCCUUGCUACAAAAUUGGCUUUUCUCCCCUCAUACUUCAAACCUUCAUCAGCUUCCUUUACCAAAAUGAAGGAGGAAAGUGAGUCACUUUCAAGGUAAAGGAGGAGUACUAUGUAGUUACAACCCAGAUCCUCGGGGGGCACACACUAGCUGACUGAGUCCAGGGAAUACAGGUGACACUGUGUACCUGUGCACAUGAUGACGCUAAGGUUUUAUGUUGAGCUUCUUUCAAAAACUAUAGCUUGAGUCUAUGGCUUAGAGAGAACAACACAGGUCAUCAUACCCCCGGGAUCAUGGAAGUACUUGAGCUGUCACUUUGUACAUCAUUUUCCUGAGUGAUUAAUCCCAGUAAACCUCCAUGGAGUUGCCCAGAGAGGUCUCAGAUGGAAGUGAAAUAUCUUGAUUGGUGUGAGCCCAGAUUUCUCACCCUUUAAAAGGUUCUAUAAAAGAAAACAUAGUACAGGAAUUAGCUAGAAAGACCUGAUUAAUUUAGCUUCUACUUUCACUACAAUUCCAGGUAAGAUACUAUAGAAAGUCAGUACAAGGUGCAUGCUAGAUUGUUUAAGUCUCUGGGGUCAGUUUUGUGGUUUCUGUUUUCUUGACAUGCAACUAUUUGAAAUCAACACUGAAAACUAUUUUUUGCCUCUACUCUUCCAGCUGUGCCUCUUAAGAAACACAGUCCUCUGUGAGCAGACAGGAAUUUCUAGAGCAAUGGGAUGGUCUCCUCCUGAGAGUCCCUGAUCCUCACUCAAAUCUGAGGAGUGCAAGGGUAGACACCUCUGGCUCAUUAAAAUAUCUUAAAGUCAUCAGCCAUUUCUAGUAGAUGUUGCCAGAAUGGUUCCCUGGCUGACGGUUGGACAAUAAGGGAGGAAGCAAAACUGUUUUUGACCCUAAGAUAGAGAGCUACUUAUUUAUCUUCAGUGUUCAGGCAUGACUAGUAUUUCUAAUUAGUCUAAUAAAUUCCCAUACUUCCUGACGUGAACACCAAUGGUAUUAUCCUACUAAGACUUCCAUUGUUUUGGUUUUUUAACUGGUCAUUCACAAUAAGCUAUGAGGCUAAAUAUGUGUUAUAACAUGUAAAUCGUAGUUGCAAGAAUAGACCGUGAAGGUUGAGUUUCACUUAUGUUCUACCAGACACAUCUCAUUUGAUUUUAUGGUUGACUUAAUUGGCACCAUACCUGUUGUUUGAUAUAAUCCUUUAUUUAUGUAAAAUAAAAUGCCUUAUAUUAUUAAAGAUUAAGUGCAAUAAUAUGAAAUAGCCUGUACAUUUUUAAAUGUCGCCAAGUUAUGUAAACCCACAUCUCUGUAAACAACUUUUUUAAAGUAAUUUUAAAAAAAUAAACACUCUGCUUAUUA